UGGGCGCGGCGAGAGCCGCGGAGUUCAAGUAUAAAGUGCGAGGGGAAGGUGGAGCCCAGCCGGUGCCGACCCUAUCCCUAGAGGCAGCGCUCCUCAGGCGGCCCCCGCCCUGUCGUGCCCUCGCCUUAGGGCUGCGCCGCUCCCCUGGGGCGGCAGCGCGGAGCGGUUGGUAAAGGCGGGCAGUUCAAACCCAAGCGAGGGAAAGCGGCCGCGGCCGCACGCGGGGAGCCGGUGUGGGUGGAGAGAAGCGAAGCGGCUUUUCACUAAGGGCAACGGGCCCCGAAGCCGGGCGGCGAGCUGCGGAGGCGGCAGGAUCCCCGCCUUCCCCAGCCAGCUGGCCGGGAGGGCAGCCUCGCCCUUUUUCUCAGGGAGCCCUGCCGACCUCCUCAGCUGCUCUCGGUGGUGGGGGCCUCUGGGGUCGGUUUCUUCUGCCCAGCGGUGUGCUAGAUGAGGCGGUGAAGCUGUGGCUUUGUUCGUGUCCAGCAGCCCAGGUGACUGAGAGAACUCCCUCACCCCGACACUGCUCCCUAGGUAGCUUCAGUUAUCCUCAUCUCUGGUUGUCGGUAAGGAAUUAAAUAGUAAUUUGCAUUCAUUACAUUUGCUGUGGAGGAUCUCCAAUUGCUUCACAAAUUAGGGACGGACAGUGACAAAUAAGGACAGAAAACAUUUUGUUAGAGGCAGGUUUGUACGGUGUGCAUUACCAAGGAAUAGUUAAAGUGCAAAGCAGAAGAUGUCAGAUAAUCAUUCAGUAACGUUCAAUAUUAUUAAAAGGAACAGGCUAACAUCUCCCAGCAGCAGUUUUCAGUGCUCCAGUUUUAAAGACGCUCGUUCCACUUCGGUAUUUCUGGACAGCGGAUGCAAUGAGUCAGUAAAAGAUCCUGAUGCAGAACACAAAGAAACACCGAGAGCAACAAGUUCAUCUUUGCUACAAGAGCAUUCUGACCGUAUUCAUCCAAAUGCCCUCUGUUCUGUGUCAUCUAUUGAAAAUGAAAUGAAUUCUAUCUCCUUAUCAGAGAGAAGAGAAGCAAAUAGGAGUACAUAUUUUUUUGAAACUCCGAAAGCGGGUAGAAAAGGCUCCUCAUUACGCAGGAGACUGCUUUUAUCGAAGGCUGGUGCAGCUGUAGGAAGCUGUGAAAAACAAGGUAGUUCUUCAGGGAGCAGCAGGAAAAAGCUAUUCCCUUCUGUUCUUAGCUCUGAAGAAAACCUCUCACAAACUGCCUCAGACUCUUCAAAAGAGAAAAGUUGCGACACCCUAAGAGGUAGCUCUGCAGAAACUGAGGGCUCCAGUCCCGAUUGCCCCAAACGGCGACUAUCCUUCUCACAACAAAGGACUUCUACACUAGAUGAGUCCAAAUGUAAGGAUCCCUUAUUGCUGGAAACUGAAUGUUUUUCUCCAAUUGAGCGUAAGGAUGUUACUGUUAGUAACACUAAUGAAUACAGUGACAGUGUCCUUAGGAGUGUUAGUGAGGGGUUGCUUCAGACUCCUACAUACAGUGUGUUACCUGAGGCCAGUGAUAGCAAGAUCCUGACUUCUGUUGAUAGUCUUGUAGAGAACUUUAACUUUGAGCUGUGUGAUAGAAACAAUCCCUCUGUUAAGCUGGCAAGUUACCCAAAUAUUUCAACACCUGAGGAUAGCGGAUAUAAUUCACUUCAUCUGGACAAGUCAGGAGACUCAUUGUCUGAUCAUGAGGGUUCUUAUCAAGAGAUCUUUCGAAAACGCAAAGAGGGUUCCAAAAUUCUGGAUAUUAAAAAAAAGGCAAGAAAACUUGAACGAGUUAGAAGGUUAUCAACUCUUCGGGAGCAGGGCUCACAGUCAGAGACAGAAGAUCAUCAUGGCAGUCCUUCUAAUUCAGCACAUAUGUUAGCGGAAGAAAGCUUUGUCACAGAAGACCGUGAAUUAGUUUUAAAGGAACAGACUAGUGAAGACUUAACUGUAAAUUAUGGAGAUCUCUCAAGAACUCCAGCUCUGCAAAUAGUCCAUGAAAUUUGCUUGCAAAGACAAAGAUCAGAUAAAAAUCAAGUAUCAAAGAAUGUAGAUGGAACACAAAUAGUUGCAUUAGAACAUGUUCUUGCUGGACUUAUUGGCAAGAAAAUGGGCCUUGAAAAAUUAGAUAUUUUAACUGAAUUAAAAUACAGAAAUUUAAAACAUGUUCUUGCUAUUGUUUUAGAUGCUUCGACAGUGGAAAGUCUGUGCAGCAUUUGGAAAGUAAGCAAAAACUGGCGUGAAAUCAUUGUGCAGGAUAAAAGUGCAGAUAGGAGGAGGAAGUUGUACAUAAAACAGCUGAAAGAAGAAGCUGAGGAAUAUUUAUUGAAAGCUGAAGAUGCUGCCACAAGACUUAAUGUUAUCAACAGAUCUGCUCUAAGGCCAGUUCAAGCUCAAGCCAGAACUCCUGUACUACAAACGCCACCCUCUUACACUGAACUUACGCCCAGGAGAUGCAAUUCUGUUCCCCAGUCAACCAGUAGACGGGAAGAAUACAUAAAAGUUGCUAAAACUCUGUUCACUGAUGAAGCUCUAAAACCCUGUCCAAGAUGUCAAUAUCCUGCAAAGUAUCAGUUGGUAAAGAAAUGGGGGCUUUGUAGCAGAGAGGCCUGUGCAUUUGAGUUCUGUAUUUUAUGUCUGCAUGCUUUCCACGGGUCUAAAGAAUGUAAUAGUUUAUCAGCAAAACAGAAGAACAAAAAAGAUGCUCCUCCAGGAAGUGCCCAAAGCAAAAGAAAUUUAAAAAGACUCUAAAUUUUUAAGGCAUGCAACUCCUUACAUUUCAUACCUUUUUCCCUUCUUCCGAAAUAGUGACAUCCUGCAGUCUAAUUUCAUGUGUUUUUUCUUAUCAAGAUAACUUCACAUGUAUAUACAUUAAUUCAGUGUAUUUUUCUUUUUGAAAAAAGUGAAUAUUUUAAAAACAUUGUCUUGUUUUACCUGUCAUAUAGUAGCUAAGCACUUACUAACAUCUUAAUUAUUCAAUAAAGUAUCUUAAAUGUAAACUUCAAUAUCUAGCUUACAGCAUCUCAUAGGUGUUUAAAAAUGCAAUUCUUGUCUUAAUGACAAAUUAAAGAAGAUGUUUUUUAAAGAAUAUUUUUGGAGAUUUAUUUAUUGUUCACUAACAGAUUUUUAAAAGAUUUACUUUAAAAGUUGCACCUUAAAGUACGUAUGCAAGAAAUACUUCUACCUAUAUCAAUGGUGAUACCUCAAAAACAACGUGGUAGUUGUCUGAAUUUUAUGUCUGCAUAAUUAGAAUAGUAAUUCUGUUGUUAGACUCCAUAGUGCAAGUCAGUAGAAGAGUCAUCUAAAUCGAGGUGCUGCUUCACUGAUGUUCUGUUCUACUGGUUUUUAUAGUGUUCUGUUUACCUGAAAACUUCAGGUGACACAGUAUGUAUCACAUAUCUAAAUAAGGUGUCGCAUUACUCUGUUCUUGUGAAUUUAGGCUAUAUACUUAGAGAGGUAUUACUUCAGCUUCUAGAUACUGGUCAUCUUCAUAUUUUUGCUUGCAUUAAAGGAUAGAAAUUAUCCUUUCUCCUCUCUUAGACUUAAUAAAGAGAAUUCACUGAUUUUGCACUUGAGCUAAAUAUAUUGACCCUCUGCAGAAAAAUAAUUCAAUCUUCCUCCCAGACAUCAAAUUUUGAAUAAAUACAGACAACAGAAGACAAUACUACUUACUUGAUG